UAGAAAAGAAAAAAAAGGGUUUUUCUCUGCGCCUCAAAGCCCUCCAGCGUUGUAGCUCCAUAAGCUUGUUUUUUCUUUUCGUCUUUUCUCUCCUUUUUUUUUUUUUUUUGGGCGAACCCGGCGGAGUCCAAAAAGCCUUGCCCGUCUCCAGCCACCCGACGUUCCGAUCUUUGGUGGCCGAUUCCAGGUACAUCUUUUAUUUGGAUGAAAGAUGGGCAAUGGUCCAGCUCCAUUUUCUGAUAUUGGGAAGAAGGCAAGAGGUGCUAGAUGUUAGGUAAUAUGAACGCGGUAUGCGGUAUGUGCUAAACACGGUUCAUGCAUUUAUCUAUCUUGCUAGCAAUGACGACAUUGAAUGCAAAUCAUUUAGAACUGAUCUUUUGACGAAAGAUUACAACUUCGAUCACAAGUUCACUUUGACAACACCGAGUGAUGCUGGACUGGGGCUCACAGCUAUGGGUGUGAAGAAAGAUCAGCUAUUUAUUGGUGAUAUAAGUACUCAAUAUAGAAGUGGGAAAACAACUGUUGAUGUUAAAGUUGACACCGAUUACAAUGUCUCAACUACAAUUACUGUUAAUGAGUUAGUUGCUGGUGUCAGGACUUCAUUCAGCUUCAGAAUCCCUGAUCAAAAGUCUGGCAAGCUUGAUCUACAAUACCUUUAUGACCGUGCAGCGAUUAAUUCUAGCAUUGUUUUAACACCUAUACCUUUGCUGGAAUUGGCAGCGGCAAUUGGCAGCAAAGAACUUACUCUUGGUACUGAGGUUGGGUUUGAUAGUGCUUCUGCAUCUUUCACCGAAUACAAUUCUGGGAUUGGCUUUAACAAGCAUGAUUUCUCUGCUGCCCUGAUAUUGGCUGACAAAGGAGGGACCUUAAAAGCUUCUUAUGUUCAGGGGGUGAAUCCAGUCACUGGAGCUGCAGUGGCUGCUGACAUGAUCCACAGGUUCAACACAUACGGGAAUAGUUUUACUAUUGGAAGCUGUCAUGCUCUUAAUCCCUUAAUAACAAUAAAGACACGGUUUAACAACAGCGGCAAGGCUGCAGUCCUCUGUCAGCAUGAAUGGAGGCCACAAUCAUUCCUUACUCUUUCAGCUGAGUAUAAUCCCAAGGCACUAAAUGCACCAUCAAGGGUAUCUUUGUUUCAAUGACAGCUUCAUCAAAGAUCAAAUUGUGAUUAUAUUCCCAGUGAUUUUAAUUCACACAGAAAUGGGUCACAGCAGUCUCUUUGGUCAUGGGCAUCACAGUUCAUCACAUUUUUGCUUGCAAUGGUUUCAUGGAUAAUGGUCCAAAUAGCACCUAGUAAAGAAACUCUGACAUAUCCUUUGUUCCUUAUUUGAUAUUUAUGAAUACUAAUAGAGAA